AUGGAAGAAGUUGGAGAGAAUCAGACCAGUCUCAAUGAGUUCAUCUUAGUGGGAUUUUCACACCUCGCUGAGCUGCAGAUCUUGCUGUUCUUGCUGUUUCUGGUAAUAUACCUAGUCACCAUAAUAGGGAAUGUGCUCAUUAUCCUACUGGUCAAAUACAGUCAUUCCCUUCAAACUCCUAUGUACUUCUUUCUAGUAAACCUCUCAUUCUUAGAGAUUUGUUACACUACCAGCGUGGUCCCACAGAUGCUUAUCCAUUUGUUAACGGAGCAUAAAACCAUUUCCAAAGCUGGCUGUGCUGCCCAAAUGUAUGUCUUCACUAUUCUGGGACUGACAGAAUGCUGCCUGCUCGCAGCCAUGGCAUAUGACCGCUAUGUUGCCAUAUGUUCUCCAUUGCAUUAUACAGUCAUCAUGAACCGCCAGGUCUGUUCUCAGUUGGCAGCAGCGUCAUGGAUCACUGGCAUAACAGUGGAAGAGACUCAAACAACAUGGAUCUUCAGCUUACCAUUUUGUGGUUCUAACCACAUCCAACACUUUUUCUGUGAUAUCCCACCCUUGGUGAAAUUGGCAUGCACAGACACCUUUAAAAAUGAAAUUGUCAUAUUGGCAGUGUCAGUACUUUUCAUCAUGGGGCCAUUCUUGUUGAUAAUCCUUUCCUAUAUCCAAAUUGGCUAUACUAUCCUUAAGCUUCCCUCAGCAGAAGGAAGAAGGAAGGCUUUCUCCACUUGUUCCUCACACCUUAUGGUGGUGACAGUAUUCUACGGGACAGCUCUGUUCACAUACUUGAGGCCCAAGUCCAGCCAUACUCCAGGAAGUGACAAAAUGAUUGCUCUGAUGUAUACUGUGGUUACUCCAGUUCUAAAUCCCAUAAUAUAUACUUUACGGAACAAGGAAGUCAAAGGAGCCUUUAAGAAGACAAUGGUACGAAUCUUCAGUACACAGAGCUCAAAAAUGUGA